GGAAAUAUAUGAAAGAUACAAGGCAUCUUCAGAGGGAAAAGAGGAUGUACAUACAAGGUUGAUGAAGAAGUACCCAGACAUACCUGCUUGGUGGUUUUACAUCCUUCUGGCUGUAACACUUAUUGUCUCCCUUCUUCUCUGCAUCUUCCUCAAGAAGCAGGUUCAGAUGCCUUACUGGGGCCUCAUUCUUGCUGCUUUCAUUGCUUUCACUUUCACCCUCCCCAUCAGCAUCAUCACUGCCACCACCAAUCAAACACCGGGGCUGAAUAUCAUAACAGAGUACAUAAUGGGAGUAAUAUUACCUGGGAGACCUAUUGCCAAUGUGUGCUUCAAAACCUAUGGUUAUAUGAGCAUGACUCAGGCAAUCUCUUUUCUCAGUGACUUCAAGCUAGGCCAUUACAUGAAGAUUCCUCCUAGAUCUAUGUUCUUAGUUCAGUUCCUAGGAACCAUAAUUGCAGGAACAAUCAAUCUUGGUGUAGCAUGGUGGCUUUUGACCAACAUCAAAGACAUAUGCCACAAGGAUAUCCUCCCAACCAACAGCCCCUGGACCUGCCCAAAUGACCGCGUCUUCUUCGACGCAUCCGUCAUUUGGGGCCUGGUGGGGCCAAGGCGGAUCUUCGGCCACCUAGGGAGCUACGAGGCCCUAAACUGGUUCUUCCUUGGAGGAGCGUUGGGCCCGUGUGUGGUCUGGCUCCUCCACCGGGCAUUCCCCACGCAGACCUGGAUUCCACUCAUUAACCUCCCAGUCCUCCUGGGUGCAACUGCUUACAUGCCACCAGCCACGGCCCUGAACUACAAUUCCUGGAUACUGGUUGGGACAAUCUUCAACUUCUUUGUCUUCAGGUAUCGGAAAGAUUGGUGGCAACGGUAUAACUACAUCCUCUCGGCGGCUCUGGAUGCCGGGGUGGCUUUCAUGGCGGUGCUGCUUUACUUCACGGUGGGGAUGGCGGGUAGAAACGUAACGUGGUGGGGGACUACGGACCCAGAGCACUGUGAUCUGGCAACUUGCCCUACAGCAAAGGGUAUAUCAGUGGACGGUUGUCCUACAUUUUAGUAGUUGCCAGUUUGUGUGUUCAUAUGUUUGGUAACUUGGUGUGGAUUUAAUAAGUGAAGGUGCUGAAGAUUCACUUUUAAAACAGAGCAAACCAGAGGUGUUUUUAGAAGCACGUGGAUUGGUUAGUUUAGGGCUUGACAAAUUGGAAAUAUUUGUGUCAACAUAUGUAAGUACUUUAUAUUAGUGUUUUAUGUUUGUACUGUUUUCAUUUGGUUCAAUUUUAUUGUACCCAGCUCUAAAUCUGCAACUUCUUUUUAUUUU